AUGGAAGAGGAAUCAAUUUAUAACCUUAUCCCAAAGGAAUAUGUGCCGCCUCCAAAACCUAAACGCUAUAAAUCUAAAUAUCCAGCUGAAGCCCCGCCAACCGCAAGCACGUUUGGGUAAUUUUUAUUUAGCUUAAAAACAACUUCAAAGGUGCUAGGAAAUGUCGCUGGAGAUUAUGAACAUUUUGAUGGGCCUCACCGCAUAAAUAAAAUAUGGCGUCUUCGUCUGGGCAUGGCCGGAGGCCAUGCAUACUCGACUUAUAUUUUAUUUAUAUCCGGCAAGGUUUUACCAAUCAAGAAAUGGACGGCAAUGCUAGGUAAGCAAUUCUGGUAAUGUACAGAGCCUAGCCCUUAGUCUGGUUUCGAGGUUGGGUUUUACCAUAAGGGAAAGGAGGUUUGGAUUUGGAAAGGGCAAGCCCAGCAAGGUCUGCAGGUAAUACCCAGAUCAAUCGGGCAACUGCCUAGCGUGAAACCGGGCGUUACGUCCCGGGAUCCAAAUUUUUCCUUUUUGCCGAAAGGUCGAACAGAAAUUCCAUUUUUUGGAUUUUUGUGUGGCCAACCUUGUAACACAUGCAGCAGCCGCAGAAGUCCAUAGUCCGCCCACUCAACACUGGACCGAAAGGGAGGAGGAGACGUCCAAGCAGAGUCUCACUUCAGAAGUGCCCUGGCAUCAGGCGCUGAAGGAGAAGAAAGGUAGUGUCAGAGCUGAACACUUGCCCAGCGAAUCAUUGCCCCAAUUCGAGCAAGGCGAAGCUGAAGACGGCGCAAAGCGGAUGAACUGCCCGUACGGGAGAGUCCUUGGUGACUGCGUAACCAAUAUGGCAGACGCCAACCUUUAAGUUUAAGUUUAAGAUGGGCCUCACCGCAGUAAAAGCUUAGGCGCUACUUUUGGUAAAGCAAAAGGCUCAGUAAAGCCUGACCCUCAGAGUUACCGCAAAAAAGGAACUGGGACUAUGAAGCUUCCUGAAGCCACCAAUAAAUUUUCAUAUACAGCUCAAGAAAGAAGACCUCCAAUCCCUAAAAAUGACGAAAAGCCUAUCAUGGGAUUAAAAACAGAUAAAAAUUUCAUAGUCGCCAACGCCGUCGAAGUGAUCUUAAAAGCUCCAAAAACAGUCCCAGAGCAGCCAAACCCGCUACAAAAAAAGGAUUUCGGACAAGUUCCUCAAUAUUUGAACAAAAUUAAAGGAGAUAUUGAAGAGGAGUAUAAUACGCUAAAACAGCUGAAAAGAGAGCAAGAGGAGGAGCAGGAAAAACAGAAGUAUUUGGUUUCGCAAGAAGAAGUAAAAGAAUUAAGAGAUAUAUACAUUAAAAUAGUGUGGCGAACUAAACCACCCUCUUAACUUCUGUUACUGGCAUCCCAUAGGACGCGAAAGGACAUUGAGAAGGGUGAUCUCUGCAUUAAAAUAGUGUGGCGAACUAACCCACCCCUUUAACUCCUGUUGCUGGCAUCCCACAGGGCGCGAAAGGACAUUGAGAAGGGUGAUAGCGUUCGGGAAUGUGUAUUAGGCUGGUUUUUAUUGGUUUGGUGAAGGACAAUCCCGGUUGGCUGGCUGCAUGCUUUACUCCCAUGCCAAAUUUUUGACUCAGUGUGAGAUGAGGGGUUUCCCAGCAGAGUCAGUGACGUUCGUACUGAGUAAUCGGGACUAUUCCACAGCGUGAAACCAGGACUUGAAACCUAGGCUACGGAUUUCUAUCUUAGCCAGGAAAACAUUUGUAAGGUCGUUUACCAACUGAUGAGCAGGCGAAUGGAGCGUUAGUCCUUUGUAUAAUUACAGCAAGCUUUUUGAUAAGUUUAAUUAAUGUUAAAUGUUUAAGAGAUGGGCUAAAGAAGAAAUGGGAAGCUGUUAAUAAAGAAUAUUGAAUUACUUCUGAAAAGGCUGUUAGGAUAAAGAGGUGGGUAUUAAUUUCUAUAAAAAAUAAAGAAGCAAAAAUUACUAAUAGGAGCUAUCGGGCAUUUUGAGGAUAUCAAAUGAUAACGCAUAUAAGAAAACCAGACACGCAAGGAUUGAAGAGAAAAAAAGAAAACUGUGAAAAAGAGUUAGCACAACUGGAAAAAGAUAUGGCAGCACUUGACAGAGCUUAUGUGUUCGUAGACAGCACUGCGUAA